AUGUCCAACACCCUCGCCCCCGCCCAGGUCCAGCCCGCCCCCGACGUCGUCUUCCCCUCCUACGGCAUCAGAGGCGAGCCCGCACCUGCCCCCGAGGAGGCAAAGGCCAGGGCGGCGUCGCUGCGCCUUCUUCACCAGCGGCCCGUCUCCGUCACGCUCGACGCACCCUCCAUCUUCAUGAUCGCCCUCGCCCUCGUCUUCCACAUCCACUUCGUCGGCUCACAUGCGACCGAGAUCCUUGUCGGCCUCACCCCCUUCUUCCUCCUCGUCCGCAACGACUACCAAAACUUCAUCAGCCUCGGGCCCGGCGGCACUCCCUCCACCUUUGCCGGCUACCUCCGCAUCUCCUGGCUUCGUCUCUGGGCCGUUCGCGAUCCCUUCGCCCCCCCGACGCCAGACCCGACCUGCUUCCCCAAGGAGGGCAUCCUCAGCCGCCAGCCCCUGCCCUACCGGCCGGGCCCGAGGCCCCUCGUCGCCGGCAUCGCACCGCAGAGACAGCUCGACCAGCCCGGUUCCCGCAGCUGCUACCUGUCCCUCAGGCGGGCCAUGGAAAAGCUCAGCGUCCGUAGCCCACUCUACUUCAGCACCGAACGCUCCUGUCUUGAGAAGCAUGGCCUGGCUCUCUUUGCCAGGCAUCCCCUCCAGACAAACUGCCAGGGCGAAAUUUGCCACGUCCACGAUUCUGACCACUCCAUGCAUAUGUGCCUGCACCCAGACGACAUCAGAGAAGUCCUGCGCAAGGGGUGGGGACAGAUGCAUCCGCUGGCUCGGCCCGGGUGGCUCGUACAGAUGCCCGUAUCGCAGGAUUUCGUCAUGGUCUAUGCCCCUCGAAAUGAGCAGGAGCUGCAAAUAACGUACAGGAUCAUCGAGGCGGCAAUAUGGUAUAUCCUCGCCGAGUCCGUCGAGCUUGACAUAUUGCCCAACCGAGUCUAG